AACGCAUAUCUAGUUUCUCUCGUCACUUCCUUCGCACACCUCUUGGCCAUCCCUUCCCUCCAAACCAAGUUUUUCUUUCUGUCUUACACGUCAAUUUUCCUCUCUUCAAAACACUUUCACAUGUUCUCAUGAUGAACUCGCACAAGCAAUUCUUCCCCCUCCUCUCACUUUUCUUAGUUCUCUAUCUCUUAGGACAAAGGGUAGUGCUGCAAGCUGAAGCUCACCCUCGACAUCGUCCAACAAAAUUGUUCGUUUUCGGAGACUCAUAUGCUGACACAGGAAACAUUCAGAAAAGUUUCUCAAAUUCAUGGAAGGACCCUUAUGGCGUCACCUUUCCCGGCAAGCCCGCCGGUCGUUUCUCCGAUGGUAGAGUCCUCACCGAUUACAUCGCUAAGUAUUUGAGAGUGAAAUCGCCAAUCCCCUACAGAUUGAGGAAACUGAUGCCGCAACAUCUGAAAUAUGGGAUGAACUUUGCGUUUGGGGGCACUGGUGUCUUUAACACGUUUGUUCCACUCCCAAACAUGACAACACAGAUUGAUUUCUUGGAGCAGCUCAUCAAAGACAAAGUGUACAAUUCCUUAGAUCUCACCAAUUCGGUGGCCCUUGUCUCUGUCGCUGGAAAUGACUACGGUCGUUACAUGCUAACAAAUGGCUCCCAGGGUUUACCAUCUUUCGUGGCCUCAGUGGUUAAUCAAACAGCGAACAAUCUGAUUCGCAUCAAAGGGCUGGGAGUGAAGAAAAUAGCGGUGGGUGCUCUACAACCCCUUGGAUGCCUUCCCCCGCAGACAGCCACAACCUCAUUCCAACGGUGCAACGCCACCUCAAACGCCCUAGUACUUCUCCACAACAGCCUCCUGAACCAAGCAGUAACAAAGUUGAACCAAGAAAUUACCAAGGAGCGUUCCAGCUUCGUAAUCCUCAACCUUUUCGACAGCUUCAUGUCGGUGUUGAACAACCCUUCCACUCACAACAUUCGGAACAAGUUGACGCCGUGCUGCGUUGGCGUGAGCACUAACUACUCGUGCGGGAGCGUGGACAAGAACAAUGUGAAGAAAUAUAGAGUCUGUGAUGACCCCAAAUCUGCUUUCUUUUGGGAUCUGGUGCACCCUACGCAGGCUGGAUGGCAUGCAGUGUAUAACAAGUUACGAACCAUGAAUGAUCUUCAACACAUUCUUUACUAGCUAACUACCACCCAGGAAUUGCUUCGUACUGUUGUUAUCACUUGCUCUUUUUUUGGUUUGUCUUUAAAUAAUGCACGUCUUUUUGGUAAUUAGAUUGUUCCUCAAAUAGUGUUUAAUUUGUUUAUUCGGACUGUGGCCUGUGCAAAUAGAAUAUUCUCAAAUGAAAUUUGGAUCAAACCUAGAUAUGCUUGGCCUUA